AACAGUUUCUAUCUUCUUUGCGGCAAGCUCGCUUCUAGCGCCGCGCGCCGGAAGCGGCCGGGGCAGCCCGCCGCAUCGACGGGGCGUCCUUGAGCACCGGCUCGGCUGAGACGUCGCAGCAUGUCCGGCUGCCUCGCGAAGACGUGGUUGGUGACGAAGGACCUGGGCGGCACGGUCUACCGCCUCACCGACGCCUGCGCCGAGGCGUAUGACUGCGCCGCCGGCAGCUACUGCCCCGCGGGCUACUACGCGGGCUCGGAAGCCGACGCCGCGGCCUACUUCGCCCAGGCCUGGUGGCCCGGCGAGAACUACAUGGACGUCGACUGCGCCGUGGUGGAAGGCAGCGCCAACGGCGUCUGGACCUACCAGUGCGCCUGCGGCAACGGCUUCUGGUGCGCCGCGAACACCGCGAUGCCCAAGUUCUGCCCCCCGGGCUACUUCUGCGAGACGCCGGCGGUCAUCGAGGAGUGCCCCAAGGGCCACUACUGCAAGGAGGGCUCCGUCGAGGCGCGCGCGUGCACGGCGGCGCAGGACUGCCCACGCGGGUCCGCGGUGCCCGAGGAGAGCUCGUCGGGCAUCCUCUGGUUCGUGCUCAUCUCGGUCGUCGCCUACGUCGCCUUUAAAAUAAGGACGCGCUACCAGGAGGACGCCCUGCGCAUCGAGGCGCUCGAGGCCGAGGCGUACCACGACGCCGUCGAGGCCGCGGAGCUGUUGAAGGAGAAGCGGGCGGCGGCCGCGGCCGCCGCGGCCGUGGACGUGCGCGGCGGCGGCGCCGCGGCCAAGGGGGGGACCGGAGAGACCUACCGCAUCGAGUUCGAGGACAUCCGCCUCGACCUGCCCAACGGCGUGACGAUCAUGCGCGGGCCGUCGGGCUGCUUCCUGCCGGGCACGUCGACGGCGAUCAUGGGCGCGUCGGGCGCGGGCAAGACGACGAUCAUGAACCUGGUCACGGGCAAGGUCAAGAAGACGUCGGGCGUCAUCCGCGUCAACGGCGAGGAGUGCGACUCGCUCGCCAGGUGGCGGAGCCGCGUCGCCUUCGUGCCGCAGGAGGACGUCAUGCACCGCGAGCUCACGGUCUUCGAGAACCUGGAGUUCAGCGCGCACACGCGGCUGCCCGCCGACUGGGCGCCGUCGCGCAAGCAGCAAAUGAUCUUCAAGGUCCUCGACUCGCUCAACCUCGCGGCGAUCCAGCGCUCGAAGAUCGGCGACGAGUUCGAGCGCGGCAUCUCGGGCGGCCAGCGCAAGCGCGUGAACGUCGGCCUCGAGCUCGUCGCGGACCCCAAGGUGCUCUUCCUCGACGAGCCGACGUCGGGCCUCGACAGCGUCUCGGCGACGGAGCUCUCGGAGAUGCUGCGGUCCAUCGCCGAGGCCGACGGCCUCACGAUCGCGGCCGUCAUCCACUCGCCGGGCCCCGCGGCCUUCGCCGCGUUCCACCGCUUCCUGCUGCUCCAGACCGGCGGCCGCCUGGUCUACGCCGGCCCGACGCGCGACGUCGAGACGUACUUCGGCGCGAUCGGCUUCCCCUACCCGCGCGGCGACACGCUCGACACCAUGGCGGACUACAUCCUCAAGUGCGUCGCCGGCGGCGUCCAGCCGACCGGGCGGGCGGGCGCCGCGGCCGUCGCGGCCGCCGGCGAGCCCUGGGACCACAUGACGGGCUUCACGAAGCUGUGGCACGCGUCGAACGGCCUCCCGCCGCCGCCCGCCGACGACGCCGCGGACCACCACCGCCCGAGCUUCCACCGCGGCCACCCGCGGCGCCACGUGCGCAUCUUCAACCAGAUUGUAUCGCUGCUCAAGCAGGACCUCGUCGACUACCCGCGCGACGUCGCGCGCGCGUUCUGUCCUACCAGGGGCGACCCGGACCGGCCGGCGAUCUCCGCGGUGACGACCUUCGCCAUCUGCCUCAAGCGCGCCUGCCGCCAGGCCUACGCGAAGAAGUUCCGCGGCUUCUUCGUGGGCACGAUCGCCGUCUACUUCGCCGUCGGCCACGUCCUCGCGUCGCUCGUCGGCGAGCACCUCAACGUGCUCGGGGGCUACGGCCCCGACAUCUGCGCGCAGCAGUACCCCGAGCUGCAGCGCGCGUGCCUCAACCUCCAGGACAACUCGUACGUCCCCGCGAUCUCGUCCAUCCUCUUCAUCCUCGUCGCGAUGGGCGCGGCGACGAGCGCGGCGACCUUCGGCUGCGAGACGGCGCAGUACUGGCGCGAGGCGUCGACGGGCCUCCACACGCCGGCCUACUUCCUCGCCAAGGUCGUCGCGGACGUGCCCCUCUGCGCCGUGUCCGCGGUCUCGAUCUGGGGCGCCUUCGUGAGCACGUUCUACUCGCCCAUGCACAGCGGCGCGCUCCUCCUGGGCUUCCUCCUCAUCAACUACUUCGGCUACUUCUCCGGCUACCUCCUGUCGUUCCUGCUGCCCUACACGGCCUGCGGCCUCGCCGCCGUGGCCGCGGCCGUCUGGUGGGCCAUCUUGUACGCGGGCUGCAGCGCCGCGCGCGCCGGGCACAUGCGGCGCGCGAAGUGGCCCGAUACGUGGAUCUACGCGAUCUCCGCGCCGCGCUGGUUCAUGGAGGGCAUCUUCGACGCGACGACCGUCGAGCCGUACGAGGAGGUCCCCUCGGGCCCGGCCAAGGGCGAGGGCUACUACGACCUCUCGCGGCAGAAGGACUUCUACGACUUCCACACCUCGUACUCGAAGUGCAUGCUCUACAUGUGCGCCAUCAACGCCUGCCUCCUCGCGCUCGACCUCUUCCUGAUCGUCGCCACGAAGCUCGACAAGAAGCGGUAGACACCUCCCGCGCGGCCGCGCCCUCGCGAGACGCCGGGGCCCAAUUAGACCGGGGGCUGUCGCGCCUCCCCAUUAGCCCAUUAAUAGCCUAAGUACUAGGUCCUAA